AUGAGUUUAACAAAGAUUUUUUUACGUUAUUACCCACCAGGCAUAGCAUUAAACUAUCAGCAAAACAAUGGCGACGAAUAUAUGCAACAUAUUGAUCUUUUGGAUUUAACGAAAAACACAAAUCCCGAUGAGAUUGUACGUAAAAUAUUGGCCGGGGAUUACAAUGAAAGUCAAGUACCAGCGGCGACAAGUAAUAACAACAACAUCGAUAUUAUAAGCCCACACGAAGACAGAGCUUUAAAGAAAGCGAUUGCAAAGUUACAACGUAAACUGCAAGAACCGACUAAAAAGAAAUUUUAUAUUCAUACGCGUUCAGAUGCUCACAUAUUGCCUCUAACGAAUGUGGCUUUCGAUAGAAUUGGCGAACGCUGUCUAACCGGAAGCUAUGACAGAACGUGCCGCAUCAUAAACACCCAAACUGGUUGCGAAGAGCAUGUACUCAGGGAGCAUAACAAUGUUGUUUUCUCGGUUGCUUUCAAUUUACCAAAAUGUGAUCGCGUUGUAACCGGCUCAUUUGAUGGUACCGCGAAAAUAUGGAGUGCAUCUUCAGGUCUAUGUCGUUCUACAUACGUGGGUCAUACCGGCGAAGUGGUGGCAGCUGUUUUUCAUCCUAUAAAUAGCAAAACCAUUUGCACUGCCUCAAUGGACAGUACAGCUCGGAUUUUCGACGUAGAAACUACUCAGGAAUUGCAAAAUUUGACUUACCAUGGCGCCGAAGUGAUUACAACACAUUUCAGUAGAGAUGGCAAUUUACUGCUAACUGGUUCCUUCGAUAGAACCGCAGCAAUUUGGGAUAUUCGAUCGGAAAGUUUAAUAGCGCAAUUGCGUGGCCAUACGGCUGAGCUUAGCAAUUGUGUGUGGAAUUUUCCAUGUGAUUUAUUGGCUACCGGCUCGUUAGAUAGUACGGCUUGUGUUUGGGAUAUGAGGCAACUUGAUAAAGCAUUAUAUCACAUUGGGGAUCAUACAGACGAAGUAUUGGAUGUCGCUUUUGAUAGCACCGGCAAAAGAUUAGCAACAGCCAGCAAUGACUGUACAGCUCGUGUAUGGGAUGUAAAAGGUGACUUAGCAAUGCUAUCAAUAAUGUUAGGUCAUACUGAUGAAGUAUCAAAGGUAUGCUUUAGUCCAGCCGGUGGUAUUUUGAUGACGGCAUCAGCCGACGCCACAGCCCGUUUAUGGUUAGUUGAGUCGGGGUUGUGUUCUCAAAUACUAGCAGGUCAUGAGGGUGAAGUUUUCUCAUGUACAUUUAACUAUAGUGGCGAUAUCAUUUUAACCGCUUCCAAAGAUAAUACUUGUCGUUUAUGGAGAUGAUAUGAUUGGUAUACGGUCAAUAUUUAAAAAAGAAAUGAUAGUAAAAAAAAAAAAAA